CCCCCCAAUUUUCUUCAUAUGGUUCUAUCAUAAGUCCUUUAUAAUCACAGAAUCAAGAUAAGUCCUCAGCAAACAAAAAACAAUGAGCACUGCAAGAUUUAUCAAGUGUGUCACGGUCGGUGAUGGAGCUGUGGGGAAAACUUGUAUGCUCAUUUCAUAUACUAGCAAUACUUUCCCAACGGAUUAUGUUCCAACAGUAUUUGAUAACUUUAGUGCCAAUGUGGUGGUGGAUGGCAGCACAGUGAACCUUGGCCUAUGGGACACUGCCGGGCAAGAAGAUUAUAAUAGGCUAAGGCCACUGAGUUAUAGAGGAGCUGAUGUGUUUUUGUUGGCCUUUUCUCUUAUAAGCAAGGCCAGUUAUGGAAACAUCUACAAAAAGUGGAUCCCAGAGCUAAGACAUUAUGCUCGUAAUGUACCAGUUGUGCUUGUUGGAACCAAACUAGAUUUGCGAGAUGACAAGCAGUUCCUCAUUGAUCACCCUGGAGCAACACCAAUAUCAACAUCUCAGGGAGAAGAACUAAAAAAGAUGAUAGGAGCAGUUACGUAUAUAGAAUGCAGCUCCAAAACCCAACAGGUACCCGAACAUAAUGUGAAAGCUGUUUUCGAUGCUGCAAUAAAAGUAGCUUUGAGGCCACCAAAACCAAAGAGAAAGCCUUGCAAAAGGAGAACAUGUGCUUUCCUUUGAAUAUUGGAUCAUUAUGACAGUCAAAAACAGUUAACAAAAGCUGUUGCACAUAAACACUGUAUCUGGUAUAUAGUUUGUUUUUUGUUUACAUAUGUUCCAUGUGAAACUAUGAAGGAUCUCUAAGAAAACCCAAACUGUCAUAUCAACCUAUCGAUCAAUGAAUCGAUUUCAAUUUUCGCAGUAUAA